AUGAGUAGAAUUCAUAAAACAGCUCAACAACAAAGAUUACAUCAUCAUGUCUAUCAAAUAACCCCAACAAUCCAUAAUCAUACCUCAUUACAAACUAUACUCCAUUCGGAAUUAUUAUUACUUGAUCAAUUAUUUGAUCAUCAACAAAUGAUUCAUUAUUUAUUUAAUAAAAAUACAUUUUGUUUAAAUAAUUCUAAUUUAUGGACAAUUGAAUGGUUACAACAAUAUUUAGAUAUAUUAACAGAAUUUGGACAAUUAUUAUUGAAAUGUAAUAAAAAUAGUACUACUAUUCAUAUAAAUAUUGAUGAUAUUCUACCUAUAACACGUUUAUGGCAUAGUUACUUACAAACAAGUUUAAUCUCAUAUCCUAUAGAAAGUAGAAUGCUUGAUUAUGAUCAAAAUAUCAAACAAAAAAUCAAUUUUACAUGGGAUAUGUAUAUUGUAUUACAUAAACCUAAUCAAUGUCAAUUAAGAUCAUAUUUAUUAAAUAAUCAAUCAAUAAUCAAUCAUAUACCAAAUUAUUAUUAUCUUACUAUACCAUCAUUAAUUAAUAUAGAGAAAAUGGAAUCAACUAUGGAAUCAUAUAAAAAACAAGAAAUCAAUGAUCCAUAUGAAUCAAUUCGUAUGACGGAUCAUUUUUUAUUGAAUAAUCAAUUAUUAGAUCAGUGGGAUUUGAUUUCACCAAUGAAAAUAUGUCAAUUAUUAUUUUCUAUAGUAUUACCAGAAUGUUUAAAUAGAAUAAUACUGAAUGAUUUUGGUCAAAAUAAUUUAAAAGUAAUUCGUUGGAAAUGUUUAUUUGAGAAUGAUAUUAAUAAAGCAAUUGAAGAAGGUUAUUAUCCAAUUGAAUUGGUGUCCAUGUUGACAUGAAUGGAUAAUUUGAUAAUCUUGGAUCAGGUUUCGAUGGUAACAAUUGGUUAAUAAGCCAAUCACUCCGAUUUUCAUACAUAAUAAUUAUAAUACUACUAAUAAUAAAUAUCAAUAAUUUCAAUGAAAUUUGUUAACAGGAAUGAAUCAAUUUUAUAAUAGAAUAAUGAAAAUUUCAAUGAUAGAUCAGUGUUUCUUAAUGUUCUCUUUUAUUAUUCUUAUCGUUGUUAUUGAUUUUAUUGUUAGUCUCUUGAUCAAUUGUAUGGAAACAAACUUGAUGAAUCAAUAAAUAGGCAAAAUGGUUAAUGU